AUGGAAACUGGCCAGGGCGGCACGCGGGCGCUGCUGGAGUUCCUGCGCGUGCACCCCGACGUGCGCGCCCUCGGCGCCGAGCCCCACUUCUUCGACCGCUGCUACGAGCGGGGGCUGCCCUGGUACAGGAGCCUGAUGCCGAGGACGCUGGAGGGGCAGAUCACUAUGGAGAAAACCCCGAGUUACUUCGUGACCAAGGAGGCACCGAAACGCAUUUACAACAUGUCUCGGGACACCAAGCUGAUCGUGGUGGUGCGCAACCCGGUCACCAGGGCCAUCUCAGACUACACGCAGACCCUCUCCAAAAACCCCACCAUCCCCAGCUUCCAGGCCCUGGCCUUCAAAAACAUCAGCACAGGACUCAUCGACACCACCUGGAGCGCGGUGCGGAUUGGCAUCUACGCCAAGCACCUGGACAGCUGGCUGCAGUACUUCCCCCUUUCCAAAUUCCUCUUCGUCAGCGGGGAGAGGCUCGUCAGCGACCCGGCUGGAGAGAUGGGCCGGGUCCAAGACUUCCUGGGUCUCAAGAGAGUCGUGACGGACAAGCAUUUCUAUUUCAACGAGACCAAGGGCUUCCCCUGCCUGAAGAAACCAGAAGGCAGCAGCCGGCCUCGCUGCUUGGGGAAGUCCAAAGGACGCCCUCAUCCCAAAAUCGACGGGCAAGUGGUCCAGCGCCUGCAGGAGUUUUACAGGCCUUUCAACAUGAAGUUCUACCAAAUGACGGGGCAGGACUUUGGGUGGGAUUGAGCCCUUCCCAGGCUGGUCACGGUAUAAACCACGGGGGGGUGAAGUAGACUUAGUCCACUUAGCAGCUCUGCGAGGGCCACGGCACAUCCUGUGCACUGCCGCGAGGGAUACUACGCUAGGGCGUCCCUGGCGAGCCUUCAGAAGACUUUUCCCCUUGUUCUAAUUUAUAUGGGACGUCUCCCUGGAGAGACACGUACACUUACUGAGUAGAGAGAAAUAUUUAAGAAAUAAUAAUAAUAAUAAUUAAAAAAAAAAA